CGGCGCAGCGUGGUCCGCGGCACGUGGCUGGCGGCGGCACGGCGCGGCGGCCCGGGCGACGUGUGGGCGCGCUUCGCGGUGGGCACGGGCGGCCUGGGCGCUGAGGAGCGGCGCGCCCUGGAGCGCGAGCAGGCGCGGCACGGGGACCUGCUGCUGCUGCCCACGCUGCGCGACGCGUACGAGAACCUCACCGUGAAGGUGCUGGCCAUGCUGGCCUGGCUCGACGAGCACGUGGACUUCGAGUUCGUGCUCAAGGCGGACGACGACUCGUUCGCGCGGCUGGACGCUCUGCUGGCCGAUUUGCGUGCCCGCGACCCCGUGCGCCGCCGCCGCCUCUACUGGGGCUUCUUCUCGGGCCGCGGCCGCGUCAAGCCCGGGGGCCGCUGGCGCGAGGCUGCCUGGCAGCUCUGCGACUACUACCUGCCUUACGCGCUGGGCGGCGGGUACGUGCUCUCGUCGGAUCUGGUGCGCUACCUGCGCCUCAGCCGCGAGUACCUGCGCGCGUGGCACAGCGAGGACGUGUCGCUGGGCGCCUGGCUGGCGCCCGUGGACGUGCAACGCGAGCACGACCCGCGCUUCGACACCGAAUACAAGUCCCGCGGCUGCAGCAACCAGUACCUCGUGACACACAAGCAGAGCCUGGAGGACAUGCUGGAGAAGCACCAGACGCUGACGCGCGAGGGCCGCCUUUGCAAGCAGGAGGUGCAGCUGCGCCUCUCCUACGUCUACGACUGGUCCGCGCCGCCCUCGCAGUGCUGUCAGAGGAAGGAGGGUGUCCCCUGAGCGCUGCUGCCACUGCCACACCUGGGGUAGCAGGCGCGCGGGCAUGUGGGGCUCCCAGCCCAGCUGCAGCUGUCCUGCGGAGCGUCGUGCUGGCAGAGAUGCCAGGACAGAUGCCCCAGGAGGUGGCAGCUCCAGUAAGUCUUUCUAGAGCCCCCAGUGGCCUUACACUGGGGACGCUGACUGCCCUGGCUAGUUGUCUGGGAUGAGUCCAGCCCUCCAGGGGAACCUAGUUUAUAUGGUGACUGGUGGGGCUUUCGGACCAAUGCCAGGCGGCAGUGGACAAAUCGGCCCCGGCCCCAGUCUGCACCAUGUGGACCGUGUUGCUGAAGAGCAUUGUGUUCUGGGCCUGAGACACCCUGGAGCUUGUCAGGGUGAUGCACCGCGUCCAGGUGGUGUGUCCUGCGCCCGGAUUUCGGCUGGUAUUUGCCUGGACUGCGCAGGUGCCCAGCUGUGUGUGUGUGUUUGUGACGAUGGGCAGGAGCUUGCAGCCCUCCUCCCCGCCCCCCUCGCCUGUCUUCUUGCUGUUUUGUCCCAAGGCAGGGACCAGGAGCCAGAGGCCAGGGCUGACCCCAAAGAGGGUCCGACUUGUUCUGGGUGGGGACUCUGUCACGUCCUGCGUUGCUGUGUUAAUUGUCCAUCCAGGAAGUCACUGCCCAGAGAGAGCUGGACCGCUGUGAACGAACCAUACAUCCUUACCAGUUGCAACUUAACUGCGUGUUGUAACCCAGCAGCUCUUAUCAAAACGGCUGCUGCUUUGUACGGUUAGCUUACCUUCCUCUGUGUCUCACGUUGUUGUCAUUUAUUACAUGUAAGUCUAAGGUCGAACUUUGUUAAUUAGCGUUCGUGGUAUUUUGGUGUGUGCAUCUCCCUAGAGCAAAUUCGUGGUAAAUGUAAUUCAGGACUUGUCUGUGAUUUAUUUAUAAACAUUGUAAAUUUGUGUAGAUAAGAGUUUCAGUUGGGAGUGUGUGGGUCCUGGUAUUUUUUAAAUUAUUUGAGACUUUAUAUCAGAACUUGGAAUUCGUGGAUUAAUCUGUUAUUACAGCUUGAGUUGUGGACCCAUUGCUGCAUGUGUUUUUAAACAUGGAAGAAUUUUAAAACUGUC